AUGACAACACAAGUCAAAGAACUGAUUGAAACAAAGUCGAUUACUGUCUUCGAUGACUUGUCAUCAGAAUUGAUAUUGUGCAUUUUUGAAUACCUUUCUGCAGUUGAUCGCUAUAAAUCUUUUUUCGGCUGUAAUACGCGUCUCGGUCACCUUGUUAAACGAUGGACGUCAUAUAGUCGAAAACAACUUGAUGCUGAUAUAGAACGAUUCUCGACACUUCAUAGCUGGUACAAGCAUUUAGCAUUCAAAGAUGGUGGCACUGAAUUUAUUAUAUUUCCUCAGAAAGGCGAACAACCUCGUAACAGCAUUGACCCAUCUAUAACAGAUACUGCCGGUUUACACUGGUUCUUUCUUAGGAUUUGCGAUCAGUCAAUAAUAACUGAUGAACGUAUUCGUAAAAUUCUUGUUCGCCACUCAUUUCAACUUAACCCAUUCUUCUAUCAUGAUGAAAUGAAUUGUUGGUCCAAUUCAAAGCUCAAUGGCAAACGAACAUUACGUACUUUUUACGGUGGUCACAUAAUUAUUAUGGAUCGAAAUCAGAAAGAUUUUGAAUCAUGGAUCAGAAGUAAUUAUCCUGAACAUGCUGAUCGGAUAUUAGGCAACUCCUCUUACUCACAUCAUAAUAUUGAUGAAGCAUGUGCGCCCAUCUUCGAAUCCGAAUGGUUGAAAGCAGUGCAAGUUAUUCGAGAUUCAGCUCGUCAAGUCUGGGAGGAACUGAAACAGCUUGAAGAUGUCAAUCCAUUUGAAAUUCGAAAGGUGCAUUAUUAG